CCCCCCCCCACCCUUCCUGGCCUUUGGGAGACUUCCUUUGAGUAAGUAAGCUUCCUUCCUCCAUCCAGUUCAGGCUGAUGGGAACACCCACAACAUUCAGCCUGCUUUCCUGCUGGACUUGUGAGUGGGACUCCACAUGGGUUCAAGAGGCUUGGAGAAGCAGGGGCACAGCAGAGGGCUUAGAAGAGCGGUGAACCCCAAACAUCUGGGGGAUGACAACAACAGAAUUGUGACUGGUGUGCAUGUAACCACCUGUGCAGAACUGCUGGAUAUAUGACCUGCAUGCAACAAGAAGCAGCCUGGAACAAGCAGGGUGUGGUGAACUGUCUGUGGUUCUCCCCCCCUCCCCCCCAAGCAGUAUCUCUCUGACUUUUGUUUCUCGGGCUGUAUUCAGAGAACAUUUGCCAUAUGCUGUCGGGACAGAUACAGCUGCCCGAAUGAAGAUGAGCUGUUCCGGCUUCUCCAGGUGACCUUGCAAGUGAAGAAACGUUUGCUGUUAAACUGGGUCUUUUGGUAAUGGUGGAUAUCAUUGGGAUGAGCUUCCUGCCCCAGGCUUUGUUCCUGCUGCUAUUUUUUUUCAUGUGCACAUCCCCUUCAUACGAGGAAGGCAACAGAAAUCUCCAUUUUGCGAGAUUUCUACUGUUUCCCUGUUGUUCUUGACGCAGCUCAGAGCAGAGGAGGACGAGAGGCAGGUUGAGACCAGACACACGGGCUCGGGCAGGUCCGAACAGCUCUUGAUACAAUCAACAACAAGGAAGAGCCAGGAUGUGGUUGAAGACGUGAGACCAAGAGACAACCAAACAGUGGCCAGAAUCAAAAAGGAGAAUCAAGAAGAUGUGAGCUGACAGAGAGAAUAAAUUGUUUCCAGCAAGAAAGCUAUUUUUGGACACUGGGAUGGCUUCAUCAGACAGAAAGGAACAGGAAGAGACACAUGUCUUGGUGGAGUAUGCCUUUGACUACACCUCCAAGGAUGGGCAGCUUAUAUCCAUCAAACCGAAUGAGAGAUACAUACUUCUGAGGAAAACGAAUGAUCAUUGGUGGCAUGUGAGGAAAAGCAAAGAAGACCGACCUUUCUACAUCCCAGCAAAGUAUGUCAGAGAGCUGGGCCCUCUGACUCAGACUAUACCCUCUCCUGACAAACUGCCUUCCACAACCCUCUUGCAGAAUGCCAGCUUUGAGGCACCCACCCGGGUCACUGGGGAACAGCCACCAGAGUACGAAUACCGUUUUGUGAAUGCCGCUCAAGAACAAGAGGUAGAUUCCUCCCAGAAGCAGAAGCAUCCGAUCUCCUCGGGAGUAGGAACGGCGGUUUGUUCAGAUGCCAGUGGGAAGAGGUUGUCCUCCAUUUCUGGAGCAACCAGAGCCACGUUUUCCACCCUCAGUGCCUCCCAUGGUUCCCUCAAGCCUCCCUAUGAUGCAGGCUCCAACUCUUCUCUGGUGGGUGGGGGCCGUUCUACAGAACAGAUGAGGCCUACAGUGUCUCUGGAUGACUUAGCAAGGCUGGCAACUCCUGGCCAGGCUAGCAUUGAGAACGCAGGAUUGUACAAAGCUGCCUCAUGGGGUCCCCCUCAGCCAUUCCUGAAAAGUACCUUGGACCAUUUCCACAAGCCCAUGGAGGAUAAGUCAGACAUCCUGGAGAGCAAAGACGAGAUGCAACACAAGGAAGUAGAUGCAGAUCCUGUGUAUGUGAAUCUACAAGAGUUGCAGUUGGAACAGAGUACUACCACUGCCACCAAUGCUGAAUCCACACUUCAGCCACAGUUCAACAGCCUUCUGACCCCCUGGGAGACCCACACAGACGCAGAAAGUGGCCACUUGUUCUAUUACAACACAGUGACUGGCCAAACGACCUGGGACUCUCCCUUCGAUGGUUCCCUGAAUAGCACAAGUCCCACCCAGCCUCAGUCCCCCUUGCUUGCUCCUAGCCCAGCCACACCUGCAGAGUGGGACCAAUAUCUGGAUGAAGCCAGUGGACAAGUAUUCUUCUAUAAUACAGCAACAGGCGAGUCAUCGUGGGAUGCACCCCAACAGCUGAGUGAAACGCCAGAUUCUCCGGAGAUGCAGCCUGCGUUUACUUCCUAUGGCCCUGUGGAUCGGAGGCCACCAACACCAGAAACUGACUACCCCAACCUUUCUCCUGAUGAACUUGAACACUACCCAGAAGAGGAUUACUCUCCAAUUGGUUCUUACAAGCAGCUGGACUAUCCUGGGGUUCCCUCAGCCUACCAAGACUGGGCCUCUUAUGGCAGCCAGGAGGGGAUGGUGUUCGAUGACAACCAUUACCUAUCAGACACAGUGAAUACAUCCAGACAUCACCACAGCACCAGCAGUGGUUCCAGUUUGGAUAGCAGUCCUUUUGGAAACUGGUCACCCAAUCCAUUGGCUUUCCCAGGUUCAAAGGAAGAGCAGUUAAAAACUCUUGAAAAGGCUGGGCUGCUUCAUCGAACAAAAAUUGCUGAUAAAGGAAAACGUUUGAGGAAGAACUGGAGUUCCUCAUGGACGGUCUUAGAAGGAGGUGUCUUGACAUUUUUUAAGGACUCAAAACAUUCAGCUCCUGGUAGUGUGAAACAUCCUUCUGUGUUGAGUAGCCCAGAGUACACUGUGGAUCUUCAUGGAGCAACACUUUUGUGGGCUGCCAAGGACAAAUCAAGCAAAAAGAAUGUCUUAGAGCUGAAGACGCAGGAUGGCUCUGAAUAUCUGAUCCAGCAUGAUUCAGAGACCAUCAUCAGCACAUGGCAGAAGGCGAUCGCUAACAGCAUUAGCAAACUGCCGACAGACUUCCCUCCAGAAGACAGUGAGGAAAAUUCAGCAGAUUUGAGAUCCAAAGAGAAUCUAGGAAGCAACAAAGAGAAAGAGAGUGAGAAGAAGAGUCCAGCCUCCUGGCAUUCCUCCAGUUCCCUCAACUCAGACUAUGAUUCCAAUAAAGUCCGCAACAAGCUCAGGAAAUUCCUACAGAAGCGGCCAACUCUUCAGUCCCUGCGGGAGCGAGGCUACAUCAAAGAUCAGGUAUUUGGAUGUCCACUACAAGUGCUGUGUGAUCGUGAGAAGAGCACAGUGCCUCAGUUUGUUAAGCGGUGCAUCUCCGCUGUUGAGAAGAGAGGCUUGGAUAUCGAUGGACUUUACCGGAUAAGUGGGAAUCUGGCGACAAUACAGAAGCUACGCUACAAGGUCGAUCAUGAUGAGCACUUGGACCUUGAUGAUGGCCGUUGGGAUGAUGUUCAUGUAAUCACAGGGGCGCUGAAGCUCUUUUUUCGAGAGUUGCCAGAGCCACUUUUCCCCUUCAGCCAUUUCGAGAAAUUCAUUGCUGCCAUUAAAAUUUCGGACCCCACAAAGCGAAUCUACCGUCUACGGGAGCUCGUGAAUUCUCUACCUCCUGUAAAUCAUGACACCAUGAGGGCCCUUUUCCAGCAUCUUUGCAGAGUGAUAGAGUGUCGGGAGGAGAACCGCAUGUCAGCACAAAGCAUUGCAAUUGUGUUCGGGCCAACGUUAUUGAAACCGGAAGCGGAAGAAGGAAAUAUGACAAUGCACAUGGUCUUCCAGAACCAAAUUGUAGAACAAAUUCUUAGCCGCUUCAGCUACGUAUUCCCAGAGAGCUAGACCUCCCUGGUGGAGGAUGAGAGCCAAGAUGAAUGGAGGAAUGGCUUCGAUUCAAGGGCAGGUCCCGUCACUACAGGAAAAGUGGUGUUGCUGGGCAAUGGCAAGGCUAGAGACAGUGAAGCUAGAGAAGGAGAAGAAGGGAGGGAACAAUGACAAGCAAUAAAGCUGUCAGUGAUAGAUUCGGUCAUGGCUACCCCUCUCAAUUCCUGGGGAUGUAGGCUGUGAAAACUCUGUUGGACAAGAGAAGGGCUAAUCGUUAAGCAAGACAUUCUGGGUUAGUGAUCUUCAGCUCCCAUCUGGAGUAUCUUUUUGUGAAGAAAUGAUAUAACCUGGUGCAGACAAAGGUUAGGGAACACAGAAGCUUUAUGGAUUAAGCCCAUGCCGUAAUUAUUUUCAAAUGUUAUGGCUUCUUGCUAAGGAAUUCUGGGAGCUGUACUGUCGUGAGUGUAUUGUGACUCUUUCACCUCUUUUGAAUUAAUCAGUCAAAGCUGAAGAUGUGUCAAGAUGGUGGGACAGGGACAGGCAUCCUUUCAGUGGACAUGAGAUAUUUUGACUCUGUGCCAUCUAUCAGAAAACACCUAUCUCUGCCAACACACAGCACAAACAAUGAGAAAUUGUGACUAUAGUGGUAAUAAUGAAAUUACAGAGAGUUAUCAUUUGUAGAAUUAACCCAUAUGCACCAGCUGCUUAUUCUAAUGUGUGUGGGAAACAAUGGGUAACAUACAGCCCUCUGGAGUAUGUAUUCAAUUUCCUUCUCCACUUAUCCUAUUCCUAACUGUAAGUAACCAGAAGGUCUAAACUGGCCAUUCAGUGAGAUCCCACAUGGAUUCAGACAAUGCAGGGCACGUUUGGUGCACUAAUGUAUAUGUUUUCCUUUCCACAUAACUUUGCCGUGUGCAAAAAUAAGGCGCAUCUUGCCUCAGAAAUCUAGUAUCUGAAUAGAAAGAGACACCCAGCAAGCCAAGAGACAUUUGAGUCUGCAUUCUUCUAGGAAAAAGUUGAAUUUCAUGGCCUGUGUUCUGAGGUGAAGUACACCUAUAGGGAAAUGAUCUAAUGCUAAUACUGGAGUUUUGCACAGGGCUGAGAGUGACAGGUCCACUACUAUUAGAGAACUUCAAAAAUCAAGGGCUUAGCAAAGUCAUGUUAGGACUAUGACUACCAGAAUCCCCAUCCAGCAUGAUGAACCUGCUGCCUGGGUGAUUCUGGGACUCAUAGUCCAAAAAGUAACUUUGCUUAUAAUCUCUUAAGUAUUCAAGGUUCACCUUAUUACCCUUUGUUGUCCUUUGUUAAAUCCAGAAUUUAGGGGUUUUUACGGCCUAGAGUAGUGAUGGGGAACGUGUGGCUCUCUAGAUCUUGUUGGACUGCAGUUCCCAUCAGCUCUAGCCAGCAUAGGCAAGGAUGAGAGACGACAGGAAUUACAGUUCAAUAAUGUAAAGGGCCACAUAUUCCUGCACCCUACUUCAAAAAUAGUAUUUUCCAUACCGUACGUACAUAAACUCCAUUUGGGAUCUAUUGCUUGUGCUGCAUCUCUGCUUGCUGGCACAAACUUUGGGCCUGUGAGUCUUGGAGUUGUUAAAUGCACAUAGCUAAGAUGUGUGGGAUGACUGCCUCUGAAAUAUGAAUGUGGAAAAAUUCAUUUCUUGGACUACAACUCCCAAAAUGCCCCAACCAAGAUGGCCAUUGAGCAUGCUGGCAAGUGUGUUUUAGUCCAAAGGGGAAACAUUUCUAAGCUCUGCUCUACGUCUGCUUUUCAAAGCGCACAGUGGAUGCACACUGACACUAUACAGGAGGAAAUGUUCCUGCUUAAUACAAGUGUCAGGAUAUUGCACAGGAUUUCCUCAAGUGAUCUCAGCCAAAGACCCAUCCUCCUCCACCACCUAGCCUAAGAUAGGAGAGUUUCUCUUUCCCUUUUCCCCCUGCCCACACUCAAUAUAACAGUGUUAUCUGCUGUACUGAACAAUCCAUACUGGUCCAUUACAGCUGCCCAGUAAGAACCUUCUGGUAUAAUUUAAAUAUAUGAGAAAUCACUAUUGACAGAGUACAGUUAAGUGCCACUCUGAAUGUGUCAUUGGAAGAAAGACGGAUCCUGAUUUUUUUUAUUUUUUUUAGUCCUAUGCUGUUAUUUGCCACUGUUCUCAUAGAGAUCCACUACUACCAAGAUAGUAGUACUGUUAUAAAUUCAUAUAGGGAGGUUAGAGAGAUUAAAUGGUUUCUUAAAACACUGAUGGUAAUUAACAACGCACACUCGGAGAAAUAUAUGGUAGUAUAUGAAAGAAAAUCAAUAUGCUGUCCCGGAAUACUUCCUCUUCCUGCAAAGGAGAGAGUGUAUGUGUGCUCAUGCAUGUGCAUGUAUGUAUGUGAGUAUGUGUCUUAAGUAUUGCUGGAAAUGCAGACCCAAAUGCUUUUAUCUUAUAAUUUAAAAUGAGAAAAUAUCUGUUGUGGUUUCAGUUUUGAGGAAAUAUAGAACAACUCCUGCCACCUAUUGUCACUUCCUAAAUUAAACAGAUGUUGGUUUUGUUACAAUGGCAGACGUACAAAGCUGCUUAGCCAGCUGUGGGUGACUGUGAAGGAAAUCUGUUGCUGGAAGACCAUUCAUGAAAGUUUAUUUUUAAAUAAAUAAUAAUCCUUCCAUUAAAA